AGAAUUUCGAGUUGUCGUCACGAAUUUAUCAUCACGACGAUUUGUGAUGGCGCGUUGAGUGCGUCAUCACCGCGGCGUUCAGCGAUCGCUUGCUUCUGCGGUGGUGGUAACCCUGGUGAAGAGCUGACGUCAUUGUUGAGUUCCGAAAUUGAAAUCAAUAAGUGCAAUGUGCAAUGUUGUGUGUACACCGCGGACGUUGGGAGAUGGCGAUUAUGUCAAAACACCGUGCUAAGUCUCAUCGUGCUUGACUCGGAAACGACGACGCGGGUAUCCCACGACGAGAUGGCUCGCAACAGCAAGAAGAAACUCGCGAUAUUCGUGGGUACAUCGAAGUGUCUCGUUUACGCAGAAGCAAAGUACUGUGCCUCUGAUAUGCCUGGAGAAAUAAAAUAUUACGAAUGUUCAAGAACAGAGUAUUGUUGCGCUUUUGGUUGUUGCGUGUCGCCUGGAUUCCAUUUCCAUCACUUAUGGUACUACUGGAUCCUGGUUAUAAUCAUGUUUUUGGUCUGUUCUGGUGGUGGUUGGUGGUAUCGAUAUUGGUUGCAGGGCAGAUACAGAGCCGCAGCUUCGGCUAUUCCAACUCGAUCUUCUAAUAGUCGAUCGCAAAAUUCUCUUCGUAACACUCCUUGUCAAGCGCAGCAGGCUCGUAUUACAUACAAUUCAGCAAGAAAUACCGUCCUAUUACAUCGCAUGUGGAAAGGUCCACAGAGAAGUACAGCAGCGCCAGCAUAUAAUAGUAACGCGACUACAUCGACGCACUAUCAGAAUAUGAACGUCGUAUUAAAUGAUGCCAAUUGUCCUUAUUAUCAAUUAUACGGUCCUCCGCCUAGUUAUGAGACAGUCAUAGCGCAGACACGUGGCAAAAUUUCCAAUCCGGCGUCACCAGAGUCUUCUGCCGCACGGCUAAACCUGCAGACCACGGCGAAUGUGACACCGAUUUCGAGUGUACCGCAGUGUUUUUUCUACACUUGUAAUUCUCCGGCGAGAUUAGUGGACGGUAAUUCGAGUCAAUGUCAAGGUGACAACGCGAAUGCCCAUCAACUUGACGGUCACGAGAAUGUCCCGUUCGCGCACUUCUCCCAAUAUUGCACUGGAAACGGUGUGGUUGGUCAAAAUGCGUGCGUUCCUUUGGAAUAUCCAGAAGAACCGAUCGCAUCUGGGGGAAAUAAUUUCAGUCGCAGUUACCAGAGUAGCCCGCAACGUUUGUCAGGGUAUCCGACGGACAGACUGCCCGACGCAUCAGAUGUUGAAAAUGUGGCUCGCGUUUACGAGCUUCCGUCGAGUACAAUGGGACACGCGAUGCUCAAUAUUGACGCUGCGACCGGCAGCUACGGAGAACGCAGUCCUUGGCGUGGAAAUGAUCAAUCUAUGCUGCGAGUCCACGGUAAAAUUACCGUGCAGAACGAGAACAGAGCGUCUCAGCAGAGAUGCGUAAUGACCGCAGAUACACACGCUCUCUCGCCUAAGUCAGAGGAAAACGGAAACGUGAGCGAAUUGAAGCGUACGUUUUCCGUGAUUUCUGCGACGCGAAGAAGUUUCCCGAGAGAACGUAAAGAUUACGGCGGUUCCUUGCGAUUACCGCGCAGACACACCGGAGGUGUCAUUUAUCAAGGUGACGGCUUCCAAAGAGUUCUCCCGAGAGAUUUAUCGAAUUUUCAACGGAGCACUUUUAAUUCCGCUCAGACGGCACCACCCGAAGGCGCGCCUUGUAAUACGAGCUCUCUAGAACGAGAUGCGAAUUCUUCUCAAUCAAAUCCAUCCAAUAAUGUGAUAUUAGAAUCCUUUAUUUUUGAAAAUGUGCAAUCGCCUCCGAGUGACAACGUCGAAGAGACCCGAGGUCUUCAUACGACGAAUCGAAAUGCAAACUUUGAUCCUGAAAGUAAACACAAAUUAGACAGAUCGAAGUCGCUAGACUGAAUGUAAAAUUUAAAUUCUUAUCAUUGCGCGUAUCACGCGAUGUUUAUUCUUGUAUGUCUCUGUUAUUCGCGCGUAAUUUAUAUAGCAAUACAAAACUUAAUUAUUGUUCGUUGUCAAGACACGUUAAAGUAAUCACCUCAACGGAGUUUCCGAAUGUCGCGAAAUAUUCCACUUUGCCGAAGAUAACAGAAAUAGUAUUUUUUUGAACACGUGUGUACGGUAUAUUUGAUGCGGUGAGUAUUUCGUAUUUUACCUACUCUAUAAUAAUAUUUCACGUCAUUUUGUCAUGUCUUUAAUUGUCGAAUCUGAUGAUUGAAUUUUUUAGAAAUGUGAAAGAUGCGUAUAUGUCACUCAUUAUCUCAUGCAGAAUUAACGAAUUUGAAAAUAUUACAUGUUAGAGUUAAAUCGCACUUUUACAAUAUUUUUGGCGUAAUAUCACAAUUUCCUGAAGCUAAACUAUUUUGAUUAUUAAGAUACUAAAUAUCGAGAUGCUAAAUAUUGUCUUUAAAUGUGAUAGCUGAUAGUUCCAUUUACGUACGUCGGCGAAAUGUUUUAUUUCUGAUACCUGCAACACAUACUGCCAUGGAAAGAUUUUUCUGAACGUCAAUAUCAGACAUGGAUCUUAAUUUUUUUUUUAAUUUUCGCACUUUGCUUAAUGUACAUACUUUAAGAUUAAGAUGAAAAAAAAUGGUAUUUCAAAUGGUAUUUCAAAAAACGCGGCCCAAUUUAAUCCACUUACGCACAAAGAAAAAUAUCAAUCAUUAUGUUUUAUUACUCUGAUAUGAUAAUAGUAAAUAAAUAAUUAAUUGCACAUUUUUGUAAUCUUCAAGUGAAAAUGUACUUAUGAAUUGCGUCUAUGGAAGAUCAUAGAAAUGGUUAAUGUCUUCAAUAAAGAUAUAAGACUCAUUUUAAAUAUCGCAAAUAAAUUUAACGUAUUUUUUCUAAUGAUAAUAUUGAUAUUGAUAUUGAUCGAAUUCUCAAUGAUGCCGAAGUGAUCUCGCUCUUCGUGAAGUAUAUUUCGGUCAAGCCAGUUCUUCUCUAUAUAAGCCUCUAUUAUAUAUAUAUAUAUAUAUAUGUGUGUGCACAUUAAUAUUAUCUCUAUAUUAAAGAAUGCGUAUAUUACUAUACGCUUGCACACAUACUUGAUAUUAUGAUACAAUGAUCCAAGAGAGAUUCUAAUUUAUUUACGAUCGAAGCAGCAAUAUUCUUGUAAUAAAAAUGCGAUCGUGUAAAGAAGUGAAAAGUUAAACAGGGCGGAGAUCGUUUUCAGCUUGAACGUUGGAGGAAAUACAAACGCGAGAGAAUAUAUAUGCGACAAGCAUAAUUCGAUUAUAAGCAAUCACAUUCGCAUAACUUGUAACUUCCUGUUAAUUUCCUCGCGUGUAAUAUCUGCAUAAGUUUAAUAUUCUUAAAGAGUCUCUUUGUAUCUAUAUAAUUAUGUAAGGAGAAAGACUGUGUCCUCGUGCUGUGACAUGAUACUUGAUUUAUUGCAAUCUUAUCUAAUGUCGUGAAAACAUCAAUUGCAAUUCUCGCGAAACAUAUCAUUUAGAAAAUUGCAUUAAAAGAAAUCGAUUCGGUUUAUAUAUGUAUUUAUAUACACGCUACACUUUGUCUCGCCAUUGUUUUUUUUCUUUUUUUCCCCCCAUAAUACAUACGCGAUACAUUAAGUUUUAAGAUUGCGACGUACCGUGUCGUUAGAGCCCUUCGAUUUAGAUUCUUGAGCGUAACAGCGGUCCAAGAAAACGCGUACGUGCCAAUAGUCCGUUAGAUAAGCAAGUAUUUGGAUAAGCGAGACGCGGUCUCGCAGCCAAGGAGGUCUUACCUUAAAAUGCAAAGCAAAAUAAAAGAGAUAUAUAUAUAUAUAUAUAGAUAUAUAUAUGUACACACUAUUUUUUGUAAUCGAUAAUUCUAACUGAUAAACUGGGCUAUUUAAUGAGAGUCCGCGUGAUUAUAUAAUGUAUAAGCUUGUACCAUAUUAUAUAUUAUAUAUCGUAUAUAUAAAUAUACGUAUACAUAUACCAUGAGACUAUAAUAAUUUCUAAUUUCAGAAAUCACUAUAUUUUGUGUGCGUGCAUAGUUAUGCUGCGCGUUAUAUCGUAUAGCUUUAAUAAGCUCUAAUCUCUGAACGAUCUUCUCACCGUAAUGUGCAAUCGCCGUAAUGUAUCCGCACGGUAUCAGUGACGCUGUAAGAUACCGUAAUGUGAAAGAAUGUCUAUCCGAAAUAAAGACACCAAAUAUUUAUUCACGUA